GGAGCGCUGUUUACUUAAUCGCUUAGGUUGUUGGCGCUGGAGAGCUAGGGAGGGACCAACUCUUCCUCUGGUUUUAGACUAAGCAAGAGCCUGGGGCACCAGCCGCCUGCUCUUCUCCUCGUCUCUCCUGUCCUUAGCAGCUCUCUGCGUGCCCGCCCUUCCCACCUACGACUUUCCUUGGUCUUCGCCUCGAGGCCAUGGCUUCGCGCGCCGCGGGCACCCUGCUUACUGGCAACAAUGCCUGCUACGUGCCUCCUAGCCUCAUGCCUGGGUAUCAGGGUCAUAUUCCAAAUGUGUCCUUCUCCUUCGGGGAUACUUAUGGCAAUACUACCUUGAAAUACUUCCAAGAUAACCGAAAUGCAGCCAUGGAUACCAGCUAUAGUCCCUACAGCAAAGGGGGCCAGUUCCCAACACUUUACUCUCGGAAUCCCAACCUUGCGCUUGGUUACCGUGCCCAUGCCUGGGACCGCUGGCUGCACACACCCACCUACACACGCUUUAACCUUGACUGCCACAGAUCUGAAGAGCUGAGAAAAUUCUAUCAGCUGGUACAGAUGCACCGAGAAUAUUACCAAGACAAGACAGGCACCGUGAACCGGGUCCCCUACUUUGUGCUGCCUAUGGAGGAGAAGGAUCAUUACCCUCUGCCUACUGACCAGAGCAGCACUCAGAAACCGGCAAUGGUGCAGAGUUUAAACUAUCCUCCAAGGCCAUAAAGAGACCACCGCUGAAAACAAUGUGGCACCUGGUUACAACGACCCCCGAGGACCCAAAGGCAUGCCAAUUAUUUCCCCCUAGCAAAAAGGUCCCCCCACAGCUAAAGGGGAAAGAUCGUUACUUUGAAUCCAGAGCUUGAAUCCAGAUAAUUGAAGUCUGUAGAAUCUUGGUGCCAGGGGAGAGGAAAGUCUGGUUCAUAAUAAAAUGCUAAAUUUUAA